AUGCCGUCGCGACACUCGGCCGUUCCUAAUUUAGAUCUAAGCUCUUUCUCCCUGCAGACGAAUUUGAAGAUCUCGUCUCCACUGUCACCGGGUGGCCAAAGCUCCGAGGGGCCGAGUCCCCUGACACCCCGUUCCCCUAAAUCUUCAUCGAGUUCGCCAUUCUUCAAGGGGACCACGAUCCGUCCUGUCACCCAAGAUUCCAAUACCAAGUCCACUAGUCCAACGAUUCCACACUCCCCUAGUUCCUAUACUGCCGAACCACCUGCCACGCCAGGUGUUACGGCCAUUCCCCAAUACCCACCUUCCCCCAAGGAUACUCCGCGCCAUAACCGCGACCAGUCCCGGUCGUUUUUUGCCAAUCUUAAGGCCCCUAAGUCGUCCCACCGGGCCCAACGGUCUGACAGCUCCAAUACCUCGAGUGAUAAGCCCAAGAGCCGGGGGAGCUCGACGGAUCGCAAGACUCCCAUUUCAUCCAAACAGUCUGAAUCAUCUCCUGAUCUGUUGGGUGCCGUUGCCCAACCAGAAGAAAACACGGACAAUUCAGACGACAAGAACUCGCAAUUGGGUAUCAAGAAGGUAGGCUCGACUACCGAACCGGGCGUGAAGAAGAAUAAACCCCGUUUUGCGAACCUCCUGUCGCGAUCCCGUUCGAUCAGACUGGACGACUCGUCCGCCAACCGGCUUGCCAACAGACGCCCUUCCACGAGCUUCAUGAGACUCGAAGAUACCGCCAAGCGGGAGUUCCAAGAACCCCCGAGAUCUGCGACAUUUCGGCCCGAGCGCCCGGUCAAAACUACCGGAAAUCAGAUGGCUCGCAACUAUACUGCGCAAUCCCCUGUGGAUUUUGGCAACAGCGCUGCUCGAAACAAAAACCUCGGUGGUGCAAUGGUUCCAUCCGCGUCGUUAAGCCAGGUGUCAGGUGCCUCAGCUGCGUUGUUUAACAACAUCAAGCAGUCCUCCACUGGUGCUGCGGACCGUAUCGGCAAGGCCGGCAAGGGAUUCUUCGGCAAGAUUACGAGGAGUGGCAGCACCAACGAGCGCGAGUUGAUUAACGAUGACAAUUACGUCUGCUCAGUCAUCAAUAUGCCUAUUAUUGAACAGGCCCGACGCACCAGAAUCUCGAAGCGACUCGAAGAUUGCAAAGAUAAAACGGAGUUUUGGAUGCCCGCUUUGCCAUACCGCUGCGUGGAUUACCUUAACUUUAAAGGCUGUGAAGAAGAAGGACUCUAUCGUGUGCCUGGUAGUGGAAAGGAAGUGAAACACUGGCAGAGACGCUUUGAUACCGAACUCGACAUCGAUCUCUUCGAGGAACCCGAUCUGUACGAUAUCAACACUAUCGGUUCAUUGUUCAAGGCAUGGCUUCGCGAAUUACCCGACGAGUUAUUCCCAAAGGAGACGCAAGCCAUGAUCGCUGAAAAAUGCGAGGGAGCAACGACCGCUCCGCAACUGUUAAAGGACGAACUCUCGAAGCUGCCACCCUACAACUACUACCUUCUCUUCGCCAUCACCUGUCAUCUCAACCUCCUCCACUCCUACGUUGACCAAAACAAGAUGGACUACCGCAAUCUUUGCAUAUGCUUCCAGCCAUGCAUGAAGAUUGAUGCCUAUUGCUUCCACUUCCUGGUCUGUGACUGGAAGAAUUGUUGGCAGGGAUGCUGGACGGAGAAAGAAUAUCUCCAGAUUGAAAAAGAGAUGGAUGAGAAAGAGCAGGCGGCCGCACAGGCCGAAGCUGAAUCGGAAUCGCAGCAUCCGAACGAGAGAGCCAUCUCGUCCUCCGGUAGCAGCCAACCAGCCGCAGAAGAGGAAUCGCAACGUCCUCCCUCUCGUCCCGAGACAUCCAGGGGCCGUAAACAGAGGCCAAAGGAUAUCAAUACCGGUGCUAGUGCCACCAGCAGCCACACCAGGAGUAUUUCCCAACUACCCGAGCUUGGGCCACCGCUUUCUCCGAUCCGAAUUUAA